AAAGUGCUCUUUACAACAUCUUGUCAUUAACACGACUUCGUGGUGAUGAUGAUUAUGACGAUAAUGAUAAAACAAUAAGUCAAACAUAUCUUAAUGAUAAUCAUACUUAAAGUAUAUUAAUUAAAAAAAAUACUUAUUUAGUUUAAAUUUAACUUUAUAUCAAAAAAUAUAUAACAACAAGUUACAAACUUUUUUAUACAUUUUAAUUGUUGUACAAUUUUAAAAAAAAGUGUUAAUAUUAUAAUAAUGUGAAUCAAAUAAUUUUAAUAUUGUUAAAAAUUUAAUAAAUUGAAUAUUCGUGUUUGUAAUAAAAAUUGUGUUAAAAAUGGAAAUUAAUGAUUCAAUUGAGGUUAUGCGAGAUGAAAUGAGAAAAAAUUUAUCAAUAGAACGUAAACAAUGUCGUGGUAUUGAGGUAAACAAAAAUCGUGUGACAUUAGGCAGUAAUGUUAUUCUUGACCAUGGCUUGAAGUUGAAUGAGGUCAUUAACAAAGCACAAAAAUUAAAAAAAAAAACAUUGGACAUUGAAGAUUAUCGAAUGUUACAAUCUGCCUUGAUACAAAAUGAAGAAAAUAUCAACGCUUUUUUAUCAGUUGAAAAUAUUAUUCCUGCAAUUAUUCGUGAUUUAUCAAGUUCAAAUCCAGCUAUACGGCUUAUUGCUAUAAGUUGUUGUUGUAAUAUUGCAUUGGGAAAUAAUAAAGCAUGUUCAGCACUUGGCAGAUAUGCUGGGCCUUACUUAGUCGCACAAUUAGACUCUUGGAACAACUCGUUAUUGGAAGUCUGCAUUUGGACAAUUGGAAAUUUAUGUAAUGGUAGUAAAUUAGCAAGUGAAGCUUUACAUGCACAGGGAUGUUACAAACGACUACUUUCCCUGUUGAAAGAAUGUGAAGCAACAAUUUUGCCAUCCGUUAUUUACGCAAUUAAACAUUUUCUAUAUUCACCUAGCUCUAAAUCCAUCAGCGAUGAAGAAAUCAUUAAAACAGCUGAAAUUAUUAUCAAUAAAUUGACUGAAAAUAAUAUGGUUGAUUAUUUAUGGAUAUUGGCAAUAUUAUCAUCAAUGGUUGCUUGUAGGAAUAUCUUGAUAUCAAUUACACCAACAGUUUUUAAUUAUUUUAUCAAUAAUCUUGAUAAUAUUUCAACGUCUGUUAAUGAAAUAACAGCAGUACUUAGAAUUUUUGCAAAUUUAAUACCAGAAUAUUCUGGUGACACUGCUAAUUUUCUUUUGAAUUAUAAAACAAUCCAGGUUAUCUUUGAUAAACUAUUAGCGAGUCAGUACACUCAUGUGAAAAAAGAAACACUCAAUAUUUUAGGAAAUAUGUACACACAUCAAGUGCCACAAAUAAGACAAAAAAUCAAAGAAUUAAUACCAAAAUUAACAAAUCUUAAUCACGCAGUACAAUUAGUCAAAAACACAGCUGGUAUUGCAAAGUUAUAAAAAAUAAAACAAAGUAAAUUAAUAGUACGUAUUUAUGAUUUUUUUUUCUUUAUGAGAAAUAAUUAAAAUGAAAGUUGACUUGGUACAAAUCUUCGGGAUGUUGAUAUGUCGUCGAUUCUCUCAGGUAAAUCUUCAAUACAUCCAACUUUCACAACAUUAAAAUAGAGUUUUCCCAUUAAACUUGCUUGUGAAUUUUUAGUUUUUUUUAAACAUUUAUAAAAAAUUCUAUCACAAUCACAGUGAGAUCUGAAUAAUAAUUAAAUUAAUAACUAAAAAUACUUGGUAAUUAAUUAAUUAAUUAAAAAAAAGAUAUUUUUAGUGAAACUUACUUGCUGUAAAUUGAGGUGUUUGUCAAAUUAUAUCGACUUUUUUUACUUUUUAUUUUAAUUGGACACAAAUCAUGAGUUCGACAACAUCUAAAAAUAAUAAAUAUUUAUUAACAUUUUUUAUUUUUUUCAUUGAAAAAAAAAAUGAAUAUAAUUCUAGAUAAUUAUUAACUUGUCAAUUUCAAUCUCUGUGCCAAGGUCGUGAUAAUUUGCUGCGAGAUCCCCAGUUCCACACCACUUAGUGCCUUGAAAUUAAAAUAAAAAUACCAUAAAAUCUAGAUAAUAAAAAUAAUAAUAAUUAUUAUUAUUGUUAUAUAAAAAAUGUUUUCAAUUUCUUAUUGACAAACAAUUUUUAAAAAAUCACGAAACAAUUACCUGGUAAUAUUCCUGACAAUAAAUUCAAAGCAUUUGUACCAAAAACAUUAGCACGCUCUAAAGCACCUUUUGGUUGAAUUUUUUCCUUGACAUCAUAUCUCUGCAUAAGAUCAAGUACUUCACAUCUGUGCAUUAAUUUUGUCAUUUGUUGAAAAUUAACUUCUGAUGGUUUAACUGUUUUUGAUAAAUUUCCCAAUACCUCAUUCGCUUCACUUGAUUCACUGGACAAUAAAAUUUUU